GUCCAUGCCGUGUCCUCCCAAUGCCUUCGGCUUCGCUUGGAGUGACGACGGCGCCCUGUUAGCCUCUGUCUGCGACGAGGGCGUCCGGGUCUACGAUGCGGAGAAGCGCUACAAGGUGGUGAACGAGUUGGAGAAGGUGGCGCCGGAUGUGCAGGGCAGAGCCGGUGGUGUGCGCAGUUUGUACUUCUCUCCACUGAAGACAUAUCUGGUGACCUAUGAGAAGUGGGACCCGCAGUAUCCGGAGAAUGUCCACGUAUGGGCACUGAAAGGGAAGCGCGCGGGUGAGCGCAUCCGUUCAUGCACUUUGAAGGGUUACACCAGCGGAGCGUUGCCUGUGCAGUUAAUCACCUGGACCUGCGACGAGUCGCUCUGUCUGGAGCUGUUGCCCGGCGUGGGCGUGGUGGUCCAUGAUGGGGAUCUUAUGGACCCGACCGACCCAGAGGAUGACGAGAGGGUCAUUCCAGAACCCAACGUGGCCAACUUCCUCAUCGCUCCGAGACCACAGAAGGACGGCCAGCCGUGGGUGGCCGUCUAUGUGCCUCAAUCCAGCAUGGUGGCGCGCGUGUCGCUGUACCAUCUCAGCAAACCCUCCAAGAUCGUCAUGGAGCUCAACCUGCCCAACAAGGUGAAAGAUUGCCAGAUGCUGUGGAACUUUGAUGGUUCCGCUCUUUUGGCCAACGCCAUGAGCGACGUGGAUGAGACGGGUAACUCCUACUUUGGAAGCACCUAUCUCUACUGGUUGAAGCCCGAAGAUCGGAAGAAAUUGGAAGUCUGCGGAGUUGACAAAGGCUUAGUGCAGGACUUGGCGUGGUCACCUUGCAGCAAUGAGUUCAUGGUCAUCGUGGGCAUGUUGCCGGCGGAGGUGAACCUCUACAACGGCACCACAGGCAAAUUGGAGAAGAGUCUGGGGAAGUCGAAGAGAAACACCUUGAAAUGGAAUCCCUUCGGCCGCUUUGCGGCGGUGGCGGGCUUUGGGACUCUGCCGGGAGAUUUGGACUUCUAUGAUCGCAGUAAGGAUGAAACCGUGGCGUCGUUGCGAGCCGCGCUGACGGUGGACUGCUCCUGGUUCGCCGAUGGAAGGCACUUUAUGGCGGCCACCGUGGCGCCACGCAUGAACGAGGGGAACCAGAUCACCGUGUACAAGUACACUGGUGAUCCUGUCCUUAAGAUGGAGUUUAAGCCGGACUUCAUCGAGGGACGACAUGAAGACACCGGAGCGGGAGCCAGGACUAAGACGCAGGCGCUCUUGUUUGCUGCGCGUUGGCGACCCGACGGUGGAGAAAAACACCAGGACAGGGCGGCGAGCCCCCCGAGAACCGGAGAGAAGCGCGUGAAAGGCCUUCCGGUGGCCGCUGCACCGGGCACCGGCUACACGCCUCAAGCCAAUGCCUACCGACCCAGGAACGCGGACAGCGGGGCAGUGAACACCGUGGCUGCCAUGAUGCGUGGGGAGGUGGCGAUUCCUGAGGGCGCUCCACGGGAACGCACCGAACCCUGGGAGGUGAAACCUGUGGCAGCUCCUCUAGAGGCCCAUGAGGUCCGAAAGAUGGAAAAGGAGGCUAUACCCAAUCGAAUCAAAGCCGAGGCCAAAAAGUUGGCUGAGCAGAAAGAGAAGGAAGCCAAAGAAAAGCAUCAGCAAGCACUUAGGGAGCUGGUGCAAGAUGAAAAGGACGCCAAGAAGAGGAAUUCAUCAUUUGUACCGUUACCACGACUGCCCUAUUUGGAGUCGUUUUUUUUGCAGUUUAUCUUCACGCUCAUGCCCGGGGCCGGGGUUGAAUUUGGUGGAGUGAUUGUGUCUUUGCGGGCAGGUUCGCAGACCGCGCUGCAGCUGUACUGCACCAUGGUGUCCUUGUUUGCGUCAAACACCUUCUCAUCUCAUUUUGUUUUUCUCGAUUUUCCUGGUUCGCAGUCCUUGCAGCAGCUGUGCUGCAUCAUGGUUUCCUUGUUUGCAUCAAAGUUGCAGUGCCAUGUUGAAUGUGCCUAUUUGCAACUGUUCAGGAACUCAAAGAGAUUUUGCAGCGAUGAUAUGAUUCCUGGACGCGCGAGGCGAAGUUUAGCGGAUCCGGCAGUACCUAUGUCGUUAGCACCCUGUAUGGAGAUUUGGCACCUCUUUGGAUGCACGAGGGAGAGGCUUUGGCAGCACCUCGACGGCAGCCUUCGGGUACUGCCGGGCUUCUUUGAAGCCAUGCCCGUGCCACCUCUGAUCGAUAAUGGAGGGAGAAGUGCCUGUGGAAGUGGGGCGGUGGCACUUCGCACCACCUCGGCGACAUGCUGGACGGGUGGUUUGAGCACAGCACUCGGCAUUGUGAAUGUUCAGGGCAACCCUUAUGCAUUUGCAGCUGUCACGGAGGACGGAGGCGGGGACAGCUCCGCAGUGCAAUCUGCGAUUACAUGGCCGGAUGCGCCAGAGGAAGCUUCUUUGUCCAAAAGUUGCGUGGUUGGGAUGGUGAGAGAUGCAAGGGAAGCUGAAGGAAGCAACCGCCUCUGGGAUUCCUUGUGGCCAACUGCAGAAGAUGAGGGACCCGCUGCCAAGCGCCAGAAGCUCACACAGCCGCCUUGGAAAAGCAAGAAGCGGAAGCGCCGUUCUGACGCUGGGAACACCGGCAGUCCGGCUCAAGUUUCCUUCACAGCAUCCAAGCGUCGCCGGCUGCUUCUUCGCAGCCCUUUGCAAAAGCCGAAGUUGGCUAAAGCACCAGCAUCAGAAGCCUUGCAGGACGUUGGAGCUGCUGACAACACUGAUGGCAAAGUCACACAGUUGCAGCCCAGAGGAGGUCUCUUUGCUUUCCGGGACGAUCAGCCAGUGUUCAUUCUGAGUGUACGGACAAGCAGAAAAAUUCCUUUGGCUGAUGUGGUUCCAUUGAAGCAGGCAACUUUUCAAGGACGAACCGUCCUCAAAGCCAAAUACACAGAGACCCGCACAUGCAGAUGGAGUGAGCUCAAAGAUGUCGGCUUACAUUUCCAGAUUGCCAACUGUGCGAAUGAUCGCCGUGGAGCGAGCUUGCCGUUCCAGAAGCAACCGGGGGAAACACAAGGAGAUCAAGGCAGAGCUUUGCGCGAGAAUGCAGCUUUGGCAGCUCGCUGGCAGGCUGGCAAUGCAGAGCUAGGUUUGGCCACUUCAUGCACAGUUGAUCACUCGGUGCGAUCCGUUGUGCCAGUGCGUUUGCGGGCGCACCUGGCCGAACGAGCUGCUUCAGGUAUUACCCAUCACGCGGCCCCACGCGCAGAUGAGAGCCGUUCCUUUUGGAUUCCGCGGUCUGGAGAUGGCAGCGGCCGGGCAGAUGUGCAGCGGAUUCGCUUGCUCUACAAGCGUGAUUUACACGGAGAUGAUGGGCUCGUUAUAGUUUCCUGUGACGAGGAGGAUGUCAUCUCCCCGCAGCAUGCUCCACCAAACGUAUGUAGACGCUGGCGUUCAGGUGCAUUAGGGCCCAUUGCGGGUGUUGAAGUUGACCUUGCAUUGCCGCGGGCGCUGGAUGAGCAAAAUGUUCGUCUCUUGCUUGUCUAUACUGGCACCUGUACAGUCAAGUUGAUCAAGAACGUCCGCCUGAAAAUUUGCCGCCUGUGGGUCUCAAUGGCACGGACGAUAUUGUGCUCUCAAUCGCAAGAAACUUCCAGAAAGCAGUCCUUUUGUACACUAGGCCAAGCAGUUUUUGAUCAUGUCGCGAGGUUAAAAAAAUUCGCUGCGCGCUACAGAAGUGUUGAAACUGAGAGAUGUGGAGGGCAUGUGAACAUUUUCACAUUGUUCCGGCUGUCCACGCAGCGCAGUAUGCAUGAGAGCCAGUUUGGUUGCAUGGAGUCGAUAUCACGCUUGGGACUGCAAAGGCAAAUCCGACAAAUAUGA